UUGUUGUGUUUAGUUUAGUCUGGAUUUCUUUGUGAAAGAAUAAGAAAUAUUUUCUACGUCUUCAAAUUAUCAAAUCAUCAUGCCAAGAGAUCCCUAUCCUUUCCCAAGGCUUCAGAAUGAUACGGACUUUGCUGGUAACCAACCUAAACAGGUUCAAAAGGGAAAGGAAACUAUGAAAGAUAACGGACAACAAUGGGAUCGUCUCUAUAAAACGGCUACACUAAGUAGUUCACGUCGGGAAGUGUUUCACUAUGAUCCACAGGCUCCUCAGGACAGCCUGGAUUUUGUCAUCAAAUCGAGAUAUGAUAACCAUCAUGAGUUCCUGAAGUCAAAAGCAGAGACGCUUACUCAACCAGAAACUUUAGGACUCCAACAUGGGAGAGUGCUGAAGAACCGUCCCCCAUCACCUGAACCACCCAUUGAUAUUUACAAACUGCCAUUAAUGAGAAGCACAGCAGUCAAGAAGGAAAGCAAUAACAGUACUAAUGGUGCCAUAGAAAGCCAUCACAGUGCAGCAACCAAUGGAGGGUACUCUCGUAAACAUGACGGUGGUUUCUACACUUGCUGAUAAUAGCGAUAGAAAUGAAAUAAAUGAAUACUUUUAAGUUAUUUUAC